GGCGGAAGUUGACAAUCGGCCGCUGAUAGCUGAAAGCAAUGGCGGGUGAUUCUUCAACGGAGCUUCUCUUUCUAGAUACGUUUAAACACCAAAGCGCAGAGUUUACCAAUGUGGAUGUGGUGCGCUUCCCCGGCGCGGCAGUCGUCACAGAAAUCCGUGUCAUUCCUCCAGGAAUCAAAGCCCAUAGCAGCUUACCUGACGGCAGAGCAUUCGGAAAGACCUCCCCUCAUGCAUUCCAGCUGGAGCUGUUCUUCAACAACCUCCCCAAACAGAACAGCUCCGCCUUCCACAGACUUGGCAGUCUGGAGUAUGAUGAGAACAAGUCUAUCGUUUUCAGACCCAAUGGAAAGAUCAACACUGAUGGUUUGGUGCUACGUGGCUGGUACACCAAUCUGACCUUGGCUGUGUAUGGGACAGCGGAGCAUUCGCAUGGACAUGACCAAGUCUCCUCCUCGCCUCCACCUCCCCCACCCCCGCAGCAACUUUGCGGCCCCAAAAGACUCAUUAAUAAACAAGAGUGGGAAAAAGACGACCAAUACAAUGGCAGUCCACCCAGACCAGCACCCAGAGGGCCUCGAACUCCGCCAGGUCCUCCACCCCCUGAUGAUGACGACGAGGAGCAGGUCCAAAUGCCGGGAUUGAACAUGGGCGGGGUCAAAGAAGAGCCUUGCGAGGGCCGCGAUGACUCCCUGGAGGCUGUAUCACCAGAAAGAUCCCUGGCUGCCGAUGAAGCGUACUCCGAUGCUGAGCGAGAAGAAGAAGGGGAAGAGGAGGAGCAAGAGGAGGAAGACGACGUGCGGACCGAGGGGAGUGCUCCGGAGGACGAGGAUGAAGAAGAGGACGAUGAGGGUGAGGACGAGGAAAUGGAGGAAGGUGAUGACGGCUAUGAGCAGAUUUCCAGUGACGAAGACGAUCUGGAUAAUGGCACCUUUAAGUUGCCCUCCUUUGACAUGGACUACACUCCUGAGGACCUUGCAUCUGUUCCCCCGGUCCAGUAUGACCCUUAUGAACGAGAACUCCGACCACUGGUCUUUUUUACCCCUCCGUACAAAACACUGUUUGAUACCCAGCUUGAGAAGCCCAGUAUGGAAGACCCUACCAAUUCAGAAGGGGUAGCAGUUGGUGAGGAGACAGACCCAGUUGCACAGCUUAAAGAGCUGCUAGGAAGCAUCAGAGAAGACAGAGACGUCCGUUGGGUCACUGCGCUCGAAGAAGCGUCGGGACUACUCCCCAAGGGCUUGGCGUGUCUCAUUAAAGAGGGUGGGGGGGAAGACCAUGUCAACCUUUUAGCACAGUGGGCUCUCCAAGCGUUAAGUAUGGAGAUUGCCCUCACGCAACCAAUUGCUCUGAACCUCAGACAACUGAAAGCCGGUGCCAAGCUAGCGUCAUACCUAGCAGAGAGUUCACAGGGCCUCACGGCGCUGCUGCAUGGUGGGGCUCUGGACGUGCUGCUGGAUCUGCUUCACAGGGACCAUGUCUCUUCUACAUUAAAACUGAGCCUAAUCAGGGCACUUGAUGCCCUGAUUAGCUCACCUGUUGGGGUAGAGGCUUUUCUAAAUGCCGGCAAGUCAGAGAAAAGUGGCUAUCAGCGUUUAGUCCAGCUAUUCCUGCGUGAUGAGACAGUGAGAGUUAUUACUGCUGGCAAUGCCAUUCUUCAGAAAAGCCACACAUUUGAGGUACUGUUUGACCUCCAGCGUACAGCAGCGGCAUGGAAUGAACCACAGCAGGAGGAAAUGGAGGAUGCUGACAAUGCAAUGGAAGAAGAGCCGGCCCUAACCGCCGCGCCUUUGAGCGAGGCAGAGCUCAAUCGGUUGGUGGGUGUUUUGGAGGAAUUGUACCAGCUGCUGGAGAUGGCCCCUCACUGCAUGGUGCAGCCCCCAGGGAAAGCGUUCCCAACUUCUGCAAGAAUUACGGGACCACAGGAGAGGGACGAUCCAUACCCCACUCUGUACAGGUACAUGCAUGUGUGCCAUUUCCUGGAGAGCACAUCCGUGGUGCUAUCUGCAGCAGCAGCGGCCGGACACUUAGGCGUCACUCAAGCUGUGAGAGAAAUCCUUCGCUUCCUGUCGCUCACACAGUCGGGUUUGCUCUUCCUUCUUGCCCAACCCUCUCCCGCCAACUUACUUUUGAGGCUUCUUGCAUCCGUGGGUGAGACGGAUGGGGAAGAGGCAACCUUUACGGGAGGAGAAGGAGGUCUCCAUGGGCCUAGCUUUGGUGAAGAGGGCUUUGGCGUGUGGCUCAUGCAGGCUCUACAUGCUCUCCAGGGGGUCUCAGAGCUUAUGAGCCAUGUGACCUCAGGAGUAGACGGAGGAGUGGGCUUGGAAGAAGGCGACAACCCGGAGGUCCUGGCCACGCUCCAUUCACUCUAUCUGAUAACCUUCACUGUGACUGGCCGCAGUGCCGUGGCUCAUGUUUUCAGUUUGGACAACAACUUGUUCUGCCUGGUCGCUCUUCUGCAACACUACAGCAAGGAAGGACAAAGUGAAGCCAAGACUCGCAAAGCAGUGACAUAUAACUAUGCGUGUAUGCUGUUGUUGUUGGUGGUGCAAAGCUCCAAUGAGCUGCGGAUGAUGGAGCAACAUGCUGCUCCAUUGCUUACUAUAGCGAAGGCUGAUGAAACCAAUGCUAAGCUACAAGAGCUUAGUAAAUGGCUGGAGCCUUUGGAGAAACUGCGUUUUGAGAUCGGCAGCAUCCCAACUGUAUUAGAAUACAUCAAACAGAAUGUGGAAAAUGUGUUGACUCCUGAGGGAACUGGAUUGGUCACUGCUCUCAGGGUGCUCUGCCACAUCGCCUGCCCCCCGCCUGCCGUUGAGGGUCAGCAAAAGGACCUGAAGUGGAGUCUCGCCGGCGUCCAACUGUUCUCUGGGGAGGGUCUAGAUACAUGUGUGCGUGUCUUGCAGAAGCUUUGCGGCGUCCUGCUGCAGCCGUGGCGCUUGCACGGAAACAUGGGCCCCACGCCGCAGCGCUGCACAAUCCUCAGUAUUUGCGUCAGCACGCUGCGGUUGUUGUGCACGAUGCUGAUGGAGCUGCUUCGCGGUGGGGCGUUCCAGUUCAGGGACACGCGUGUGGCCAGCGUGUUGGUGUCGCUACACAUGAUAGUUUGUUCCAUCCCUGCGUCUGGACGACUGGAUGGAGAGGAAGCCAAAGUGCAGGCUCUCAUUGUUGAUGUGCUGCUCACUUUUACGCAAGGUGUAAACGAGGAGGUGACGCAUACAGAGGAAACUCUGGCCAGUAACACAUGGUCUUUGAUGUUGAAGGAGGUCUUGGUGUCUUUACUCAAGUCUCCUGAAGGGCUUUUCUCUGGUCUGACAUUAUUGUCAGAGCUCCUGCCUUUACCACUUCCGAUGCAAAGCACUCAGGUGUUAUCAGUACAAGACGUGGCAAUAGCCUUAAACACAAGAAAGCUUUGGAGCAUGCACAUCCGGGCACAGUGGAUAGUGUUCUAUGAGACCUUGAGAUGUGUGUGCACCACCAGCUGCCCUCCGCUCCUGGCUAUUCUCAGGAGGGUGUGUGUUCAGCUAGCUGACCUCUCUUCACCUACCGCGACACUCAUCAUGAAGACCUUGCUGGAGCUGCUGCUGGAGGAGGUGCAGCCGGUGGAGGGGAAAGUCCUGUGCUGGGGCCAAAUCCUGCGCCUGCUUUCUAUGACUGAUGCACUAGUGUCACAGAGAGCGUGCAAGAGCGCCGUCUUGCACUUGCUGUCUGGAUCAGUGUCUGGAGACGAACAGCUGGUGGAUGUCUUCCCCUUGCUGCUGUCUCUAGUGGUGCCUCCCUCCGACCACUCUUUACAGCAGCAGCAGUGCAGUGAACUGAUGGGAACAAUAUUACAGUCACUAUGUGACCAGGAUAUUUCUCUGGUGACGUCUCAAGCUGGAGAAAGCUGCAUGUCGGAGGUGGAGCUGCUGGCCAAUGCGCUCCCAGGGCGAGAGAUGAUUUCAUCAAUUUGUAUCGCCUUGAUGGAGAUUUUGGGAAACGCAGACAGCAGUGUCCCUCUUCUCCUCACCUGUAUCAGGACUCUGACAUUCCUCACAGAGCAUGAAUAUGGACUUUACCAUCUCAAAUUAGCUUUAAAGAAACACAGUGCAGGGUUAUUCUCACUUUUGAAGAGGUUAGUUUUUCCAUUCAACAAGGACUGUGCAGACCUGCUCUCAGCUUUGAUAGACUUCCUCCGACAGAUUGUCAACACUGACCCAGUGUGUAAUGAGGAGGGCCAAAUAUCUGCUGAGGAGCCGUCCUUCGUUCCUCCUCCUCGGUUGCUGAGCGGCUCUGAGAUGAAAUCUCUCCUGCGAUGGGAAAAGUCUGAGUCACAUCCGCUGCUUACUUUGGAGAGGCAGAUUACGAAACUGUGUAAGGAAGAUGAUGCAUUGGAGACCAUGUUGGAGAGUGUGACUGUCCUGAGGAAAACACUGGAGACGGCAGCAGAUGAGCUGCCUUCAGUGGAUACGGAGCCUAUUUUGCCGGUGCCAGAGACUCUUGGAGCGCAGUUUAAUCACCGGACAGUGUUUAUUCUUUCAGAAGCCCUUGAUGAACAACUCAAAGCAAUGUGGUUCUCUCCAUUCCAAACGGAUGACAUCGAAACUGAACUUGACAUGGUAAAGGUUGACCUGGUGGGUUUAGCCCAAGAAUGUUGUCCAGAACUGGACCUGAGGGCCGAGCUGGAGCGCUCUUACCUGUCAGAGCCCACCUCCCCUGGUCACACCAAGACUCCAAAGGGCUUGCGACUGGGGAAACACAAGCAUGAGACCUUCAUUACAUCAAGUGGAAAAUCCGACUACAUGGAACCUGCUAAAAGAGCACACAUCAUGGCUGCUCCGCGUGGCAGAGGAGGUCGCGGGGGCUUUGGACAGAAUCUGUGCAGGCCCCAUGACAUCUUCCGCCAGCGUAAACAGAACACUUCCCGUCCUCCCAGCAUGCACGUGGACGACUUUGUGGCAGCGGAGUUCAAAGACAUUACCACCCCAAUCGGACUUUUGCCUCUUAAGCGGCCUAUUAAAAGCUCCCCCAAGCUCCCGACCAGAGGACUCUUUACUGGAAACCGGGGCAGGGCCACCUUCCACAACCAAACUCGCUUUUUCACGCCACCACAACCUAAAAGUGUACUACUGUCUGGUAACUACCCCCGCAGGGAGGGAGGCCGAGGAGGCUCAUCAUGGAGCGGCCAAGUCCCGGCAGUCACUCACAGAGGAACCUACAGUGAACCUCGCGGAGGCCAAGGCAACUUCACACGAGGACCUUUGCCCUCCAGACAACUUCCUGCUAAUGCAUAUCGCCUGGCUCCACGUGAUCGCGCACCACGCGGCAGAGGAGGCACAGGGCUGUCGUGGCUUGGUGGAGGAGGAGGAGGAGGCGGGGGCAACCCGGGCGGAGGAGGAGGAGGAGGCGGAGGAGGCAGAGGAUCCCAGAUGAGCAAAUUUAGCGGUGGGGGAGGAAGCGGAGGCGGCAGGGGCCGACACGUCCGCUCCUUCACCAGGUAAAUCCACCUGGGCAUUGACUCAAGCCUCUUAGGGCUCCAAAUGGACCAAUCAGGAUCUUGUAUGUGCCGUCUUCAUGGAAACGCGUCCGUGGUGAUCAUAAUGUCAUUUAUUUUGUGUUGUUUGAUUUUAUGUUGUCUUAUUCAGAAUUAAAGUUCAUAGUAAUUGA